AUGCAGAACCUGAACAACAACAAUCUUACUCUCGCGCUCUUCUUGUCGUCCGGUAGGACUCCUGGCCACCUCGGGGUUCUAGUCUCUACGCUGGACGACAUCGACACUCGGGUACACCUCGCUCCAGGACUAGCCUAUGGACCGGCGCUGCUUCUGGCUGCUCUUGUGCUCAAGGUCAUUACACGGCUGCGCCGUGUUCGAAUUCAGUCAGGCAGAUUCCCUCGGACGACCGUGCCACCAGUCGGACCUGUCCUCUGCCGCUGGAUCUCGCUCAUUCCCGCAAGAAUUGUCCAUUCUGUGCGGGCUGUCCUUCAUGGUCUCAAUGCUGCGUGGAUUGUCUCCGUCUGCAAAGCCACCCUGGACGACAUUUAUGGACCGCCAUCGAAGACAUUCAUAACCCUACAGCUGACUGCUCUGUUGGUAUCUGGGUUGUUGCUUGUCUUGCUGGUACAUGCUGUGCUCCGAUUCCCUGCUUGGCAAUGUUGGGCGACUUCGGGUACUAGCAUCUUUACACGAUCAACAGACAUCACGCUGUCUCAAUCGCAAACAAAGAAAGGGAAGAAUGAAGAAGAGGAUGAAGCAAACAGUGUCGAAUGUCUGUCCCUUCUAGACUCUGUGCAUGAUGUGCAAGAACCAACGGUGCUCCGAGUCGUCGAACAUGGUGGAUCUUCCGAUGCUGACUUAUCCGAAGGCAGCACCAUCGUUUCAGACUUGACAACGUUGCUAGCAGAGGCGCGUCAAGACAUUUCGAAGGUGGAAAACCCCUUCGCCGACGGUGGUCUGCAGCUGGCCAAGAUACACACUUGCCUGACUUCCACUCCGGAAAACAUCAUUUGUUUCUCCACUCCCCGCACAAUUCCCGUCAUCAACACCAGGGAUGUCUGGUCCACCAGAGCAGAGGCGCGACUGGCCUACUCGAACGAGUCGUUGACGGUCGUCCAUGGUGACUCGGAGCGGACGACUCAGGACGCGAAAGUGCGGGAUGCCCGCAUCGAAGAGCUUUCGGUGACGCUCCCGAACUUCCAAGGUGUGGUUUUGAAGGCAGAGGAACAACGCUAUGUUCAAGAUCGCAAGAUCGCGGAGCUCCAGGAGGAACGUUUAGCGCACCGCAAGACGAUCGAACACCGGGAUCAGCUGCUCAAGGAGCGCGAUGACGCAUCCGCCAGGCACAAGGAGGACGUAGAACGGUACAAGGCUCAUAUAGACCGUCUUCAACUUCAGAGGGAGAACCUGUUGCACAAGGUGUUCGCCCUUCGACUGGAUGGUGCCGCGAAGGAGGAUGAUUUCAAGACGAAGGGGGACGAGCUGAAGCGUGCGCUAAAUGCAUGCUCGAACGACCUUGCUAACGCCCAUAGCGACCUUCUGUGUGCCGAGACCAUCAAGAACACCAUCAAGAUGGGGCUCGAAGCGCACGUCCGCUGCCUGCAAAAGGAGGUGGCAGACCUCAAGGACCGCGCUGUAGUUAUGGCUUUCGCUUUUCGCAAGGAGAACGAUGGAGCCAACACCGAAGUCAAGAAGCAAGGAACCAAGGGAAACGUUUCGCAGGAUGAGAACGAGGAGCGGAACGAACUCGUGCAAGGGACCGGCGUUACCCCUAAGACUCGCCGAAUUCGGGAGCUGAGCGAAAGAUUAGAAGAUCACGAAUCUCGUCUUCGCCUCUCUCAAGCCGCGCUGGCCGACGCAGACAGGAACUGCCGCCAAUACAAGCUCGCAUGCAGGGCCCUGAAGCUUUCUACCAAGCGUGGAGAUGCCACUGCUGAGGAUCUUGCCGCCAAGCUGGAGCAGAAGAGUCGCGAGGUUGACGAGCUAAAGGCUGUUAACGGUACUCUCGUUCAACAAGUUGACUUUUUGGAGGCGAACUCGGAGACACAGUGUUUUGGACGCGAGGACGAGAGGCGCACUCUACAAGACCGGGUCAAGGAACUCGAGAGUUCGCUGUCGGCAGCAUGCGCGGAGCAUCAUGAGCGCGAGACAACAUUCAGGGACCAGGUCAAGAAGCUGGAAGACGAAGUGAAAUCUGCCCACGAGCAGAUCAGCAAACUCUGCGCGCAAGAGUCACAGCUUCAGGCGGAGGUCGAGCUCAAGGAGCAAGUGCAUAGACUGAAGAGGAAGUUGGCUGCGGCGAAGACGCAGCAGCAUCAGCAGCACGUCGAAGCGCGGCAGCAGAUCGCGCAGUUGGAGAACAAGCUCGCUUCGGCAGAGAAAGAGCGUCAGGAGCAGCGGCUGGCUAUCAAGCUUCUUGAAUAUCGCAAAGAAGCGAUCAUCAAGUUGAAACGUGCGUCGGACGAGGCGCUGGAUGAGGCCCGAGCGGAGCUACGGAUGUGCAAGGAGAGCCAUCGAAUGAAGGUGGACGGCCUCGAGAACACUGUCGCGCACUUGAAAGAACAAGUGGCUAUCUUCGAGAACAAGCUUCCUCGCGCAAGCAGGGCUGACAAAGUCAAGACGGAGUCAGCCGCAGCAUGCCUCACUCGAGUCGGUGCGCACAAUCAACGGACACACAUCAUCGAGCGCGAGAGGGCCAAGGUCGAUGAUACCGUGGCUCACGGUGGUCGCGGUAGCAGGGCUGCUUCUUUCACGAGGCUGACCGAGGAACUUCGGCGGAAGAUGGGUCGAGCGACGCCUGCGGCUCCGUUCAAGGACAUCACCAAUCGCGUGGCGAAGGUGCGCGUUCCGGGGCUACAAGGGACGCCGUUCGAGCCUCCGCUCAUCCUGAAGGACCUCGAGACACCUGGAUGGAUGCGGCAUGAUCUGGACGAGAGCGACAUGUCGGACCUUGGCAUGCAUGCGUCGAACGUGGAAAUCUCGGAAGGCGCGAUCCUCUUCGGACCUAUCAAUGCGCCUUCAGGCCUGAUCAAUCCUCGCGUUGGGAAAUCCAAGACAUCUUUUGCAGUUCAGUCGGACAAGAGUUCGCGUCCGGCGACGAGCAAGAGAAAGGAGGCGCCUCUCGCUCAACUCCUGAAGAUGCAUCCAAAGAACAAGUCUAGAGGCCCACAAGUGGCUGAGUUUCCUUUAACUGAAUGCGGCUAA